AUGCUUUAUACAGAGAUGGAUAACACUCCACAACUAUCACAUGUGACGUCAAAGAUGCUACCAAGUGAUUUAGAACAAAUGCUGAGCAUUCAUUCACUUACUUGGAAUGAACUUCCUGGUCUCUUACAACGUGCUUUUCUAUGGGAUGCUGGCUAUGUAUUGACAUCGACACACUCCUUAUCUAAAGUCUAUACACGAUGUGGUCGUUCGAUGGCUGAAUUAGUCAUACCGUCCAAGGCAUUCGAACGUAUUGGCUGUCAAUUGAAACAUUGUGUCUUACCUGAUGGUACAAGCUUCUAUCGAUCGUUAGAUUGCAAAGCUUCACAUCUCUUUCGACUUGUUCAAUGUGCAGUAGACGCAUCUCAAGAUAUCUCUGCACCAGCAUAUGCAGCUGUCUGGGGAGAUGGAGGUAAUGCCACGACAUUACCAGAGGUGACUGUACAACGUCAUGCCUAUUUGGACAAUGAUGGAGCGUCAAACUUGAUCUUUGCAUUGCAUACGACACAUUAUGAGGUAGCUGAUACGCAGUGUCCACUCGUACCGGCAAUGGUGAUCCCAUGUGCACCGUAUAAUUUAGUCAAUCAAUCGACAUUCUGUACCCCAGAACCAGGCAUUGUGGCCUCUGCGUGGCUCAAAAAGUAUGGAGCAGAUCAAAAGGGGGACCAGACGUGGCUGCUGGUGCCAUUAUGUAUUGUCACGUUUUUGACGUUUGGCACAGUUGCUGUGUACCGCUAUAAGUCGGCUUUGCGUGAUGAAGCACAGAGAGAAGUGGAUCAAUUCAUGCGUGAGAAUCGACAUUUAUUUGACAAUGGAGCAGUUGAAGCGUUUCUAGCGCCAAAGCGUAAAGGUAAAGGAAGGCUAUGGAGCUCUCACACUGCCGGAAGUAGUCGGCAGAACCAAUCCUCAUGGGAUUCUUCUAGUUUUAGCAGUGAUGAACAUGCGUACAGCUCUCGAUCUUCAGUCAGCAGGUCGCAGGAUUCAGGGCUUGACGGGUCGGAGGCGUCACUUUCCUGUGACGAAGGAAUCCAAAAUGCUGCAAUUUUUGAGCAUUUUGACGCUACAAUUGGGCUGUCAGCGUCUUCGUUCGAUCCAUUAAAAUCGAACGCACGAAUUCAUCCACUGCAAACUGAGCCAGAAACAUCUUCUCUUGACACGGGGACUCGUAAAUCAACUACCGAUGAACUGACAGUGCGAAAAAACGAGAUGACCAUCCAAAGCUUUCGCCUGUUUGAGUCACACCGCAAGAUUCGGCGACUGCGUGUUCCGGUCGGUGAGCUGCAACUCUUGCGACGGCUGUCAUCGGGGUCAACUGGCGAGGUCUGGUUAGCACUCCACAAGAACGCACAGGUUGCGAUCAAACAAUUAGUGCCGGAAAAGCGUCGCUUAUUACCUGAAACGGAGAUGUUUCUGGCUGAAAUCUACCUCAUGGCGCAGCUAAAGCACCCCCACAUCGUGACACUGAACGGCAUUGCUUGGAACACACUCGAGCGUGUAGUUAUGGUGCAGGAAUAUAUGGAAGGUGGUGACUUGUAUCAUUUCCUAGCUCAACAACGCACUAACAACAGCACGUUGAUGGCUUUAAGUAGCUCUAGCAACACAGCGUUGAGGCGUUCAGGAUUGAUGUCGGGAGGAUUACCUCAAGUUGACGAAGUUCUUGCAGCUGCAGCAACAUCGCCAGCUUCAUUUGCUAGUGGUCUUGGUGCUGCUGCCGGGGGAUUACUUUACUCAUCGCAUUUGAAUCAUUUCACUUGGUCAAAGCAAAAGCUCGCAAUUGCACAGGCAGUUACUAGCGCAUUGACCUACUUGCAUGCUCUGGUCCCCAAAGUGCUGCAUCACGAUGUAAAAUCUCGUAAUGUGUUGCUAUCGUCUUCACUCGACGCUAAAUUGUGUGACUUUGGUAUCAGUCGACGCAAAUGUACGGGUAAAGCUGACAAAAUCAAUACGGCUGCAGCAGGCACAUUAUCCUGGACUGCACCUGAAUUAUUGCUGGGCGAGGACUACACUGAGAAAGUCGACAUAUAUUCGCUUGGUAUACUAUUCAGUGAGUUGGACACGUGCAUGCUGCCUUAUCACGAUCCUGCUUCACUGUCUGAGCGACUUGUGCAGCACCCGCUGCGUUUAAUGCGUCGCAUUGUUGAUGAUGGACUGCGCCCUCAACUCUCGCCAGAUUGUCCACUGCCUAUCACGCAUUUAAUUGCAGCUUGCUUGUCGCGCAAUUCAAAGCUACGUCCAAGUGCUGCAGAUGUGGGUGCGUGGCUCGCGAGUGCUCGUGGUGAACGCCUGCUUCGCAAGAACUCAAAAACUGGAUUGAUUCCUUGA